CGUCAGUCUUGCGUCAUGAUUCGGUCAUGUAGCUAGCUAGCAACACCUCGCAACGGAGAGAGCUUGGUAUGGCGGGGGAGAGGAGCGGAGAGGACGUGGUUGCAGAGUACCUCGGUCAGAACCCGCAGCUGGCCCAGUGGGUGGAAACCUUCAGGAGCUACUGUGAGAGCAGCAAACAGUGGGUGGCCCGCAGAGAGUUCAUCCUCCGAAACAUGGAGGCUUUCCCCACCAUUCAGCCUGGAGUCCUCAGCAGCAGUGUGGACCGGCUGCUGUCUCUGUCCAUGGUCUGGGCCAACCACGUAUUCCUUGGCUGCAGCUAUCCACAGGCUGUGAUGGACAAGAUAAAGGACAUGGGUGAGGGGAUUGUUGUGGCAGAGCCCCCGACUCACAAAACGACAAAAGAUGGAAUCCUGGCGAGAGGGAAGCGAAACGCCACAGCCGAGACUGAAGCGGACAGCUGCGUGAAAAAAGCCAAAUGUGGACCGACUGAGCUCGACAGCCGACCUCCGGGGAAAGCAACUGUGAGUCAGAAAUCAGGACCUCCUCCGCAAGCGCCGACAGAGCACCAGCCCUUCUUCAACCGCCUCUACAAGGCUGUGGCGUGGAAGCUGGUGUCGGCGGGGGGCUUUGGUCCAAACUUGGACCAUUUUGAAAUCCUCCGUAGCUGCGUGGAGUCGUGCAAAGAGACCCUGACCUGUGUGUUUGUGCCGCUGAAGGACAUCGCCGGCCUCCCCGCGGGCCGCACACAGAAGGAAGGCCACGUGUGCGAGAUCCGCUGUCAGGCUGUUUACAUGGGGACAGGAUACGGGCGCGACGAGUCCGCCGCCAGAGCCAUGGCUUCCAAAGAGGCCCUAAAAGUAUUUCAGGGGCGUAAAGUGACGGUAAAGAUCUGCAGACGCAGGUACAAAGGGAAAGACGUGGAGGACUUGAUGUUGUUGGACGAGCAGCCGCGGAGUCAGGGCUUCCCUCCCGCACUCAGCUACCCCUUUCAGGACGAGCAGCUGGAGGACGAGUCCUCAUAGAGCAGACGGCGUGAGAUGUUGUCCUGCAGUGAUGCCUGCUGGGAGCACGGACUUUAAUUAAUGGAGCUACUGAAGGAAUUCACGACCGUGUCGGGACCAGAGCAUCGUGCAGCUGAACUUCAUAACGAGACUUUGUCGUCAUGGAGUAACUUAGAGCGUUAAAUAUCACGAGACAUUUUCCACAAUACUUUGGUAUCAUUACACAGGUGGCACGCUGACGAGAAUACGGCAUUCAAGAAUAAAUCUCAUACUGUGAUGACGAC